CUCGUUAAAGCAUUUGAUACCAACUGUACAGAAGACUUCCACUGACAGAAUAUCAGAGCUCUGUGGGGCAAUUCCACAGGUAUAGACGAAAGUGGGUUUUCGUCUUCGGGAUCUUUUUCCUCAAUAGUAACUCCAAUACCACAUUCACUCAACAGUUGACCUAGAGCCGCGAUUUUGCCCGAUGAUGCAUUGGGAACCAGUUUCAUAAUUUCCUCCGGGGCAGCUAAUUUCAUCAGAACAUCUUGUAUCAGCAAAGGAUGGUCAACUAGUUGCCGAAGAGCCAUUAGUGCAUGAAGUGGGGAAAUACCUCGUCGAGCAGCCAAUUGAGUGCGAUUAGCAGUACACCUGUCAACAAUGAAUUUAUAAAUAGUCCGUUGUUCUUCGCUCAGCUGACACUCAUAAUCUUGCACAUUCUUGUCGGGCAAUUCACGAAGAACCUCAGAUUUGAGCCGCCGCAUGAUGAAUGGUAAAAUCAGCCGGUGAAGCUGCGAAAUCGCUUCGGAUCCGUCCUGUAUAUCUUUUUCAUUGGCCCUGUGACUACGGCACUUGAGAAUUUUGCGAAGGAAUCGGGAGCGAAAAUGACGCUCGUCUCCCAGAUAGCCAGGCAUCAACCAAGUGAAGAGAGCCCAUAAAUCGGCAGGACUAUUCUGCACUGGAGUACCAGAAAGUAUCAAUCGACUGGUAGAGUUCAACUCAUUUGCUGCUCUCCAGAUCGCGGUCUUAGGAUUUCGCAAGACAUGUCCUUCAUCCAACACAACGUAAUUCCAUGCAAUACGCCCUAGAGAAGAAUUUGCUUUGAGGUCCUCGUAUGCAGCAACAACAAUCUCGGCAGAUUUCCAUUUUACUGGCAUUCCUUCAACGUGACGAGCUGGCGCUCUACCGGGAAAGAAUCGGCGCCACUCAUUGCACCAAUGGUCCACGAGUGUCCGUGGGCAAAUAAUCAAGGAACAGCGGCUUAUCAAAUUCGUAUUCAUCAUGAACACAGUGCAGUACGCUGUUCCCCUUUUCUUUGUACAAUCCUACCUUGCUUUCUUUGCACUUGAAACUCACACUGGGUGA